UAAAAUCCAUUCAUUUAUAUUAACGUGUCAGACCCUGGCUAUGCAGCCCAAUCACAAAAUCAUAAAGUAGUAGCAAAAAAAUUAGUUUUCCACCCGCACCAGCCACAGUCCACAGUCCAUACCCAGGGCCACAACGCCCGCGCAGCCCCAGAAGUGGAUAGUUCGAACGCGGAGUGGAUCAAACACACCUGCACGACUCGACCUGUCAAGUUUUCCCGCCUUUUCCACGGCGAUGGAGUUGUAAAUUAGUGCUUUUAUUAAUGUGUUUUAAUCAACAACCGUGGCCGUGGUGUGGUCCUGGCUAAUCGUAGCAUCGCAGCGCUGUUCGCUUUGUCCCUGGUCUUGUCGCCUGCUCUUUUGUUGUGCUCCCCCGAGGAGGGUGUAUCGCGAACACACACUCGCACACACACACAAACACACUCGCCCGCGCACACAAACACACACGCCCAAGUCGUUUCGGCGGGAAAGUUCAUUAUUUAUGUAAUUUAGUGUAAAUUCUCGUAAAAGCCAGCAGUUACAUGUCCGCGAGGAGCGCGGCGGCCAGCGCAGCACACACCGGCAGCCACUAGGAGAAGUCAGAAGCAGCGCAAGGCCCGCACACCGCCCACAGCGCACAGCCCACCGCCCAUCGCCCACAGCAGCGUUCCGGUUGCUAGCCCCUACUACGGCGACCCCGUCUCCGCCCGCCGUCUUCAGGCUGCGGCAAGAAGCAGCGACCGCCGCGGAAAGCAUCCGCAAGCAGCCGGGCCAGGGAAGUCACCCGCAGCGAUGAGCGAGCCCGAGCCCCAGGAACUGGGCGCCGAGGUAGUCAGCGGAUCGGUAGCGACCAGCGACGACAGCCUGGAGAUGACCAAGGCCAAGUAUACGAACCUGUGCCGGGAUCUCAACAUGGACCGGCGGACAGAGGAGCAGGGCUACCAGGCGUUCCACGAGGUGUCCCAGAGGUGCUCCUUGGAGGGCGAGUCCCUCCACUGGCUGUGCUGCGCCUUGUACGCGGCCUGCCGAAGAUGCAGCACACCCACGGUGAUUGGCCAGGAUGCGGUGGUCAGGGGCAACUGUGUGUCCCUGAACAAUUUGCUGCGCUGCUGCCAGAUGAGCAUAUACGACUUCAAGACCAAAAUUAAGCAGUGGUGCGACAUGGCUAACCUGCCGCAGGAGUUCGUCAAGGAGAUCGAGGUUCUGGACCGCAAGUUCAGCAUCACAUUCACUCUAUACAAGCGUUUCUGCACCAUCUUCGACAUGAUCUUCUCGUGCCCGCCCAACGAGAAGAAGCACUCCAAGUACAUCUCGCUGCAUGGCAACCACGCCCAUGGGAAGUGCUCGUACAUCAAGCUGGACGACAUCUGCUGGCGCCUGUUCCUCUGCGCCAAGAACCAAAAGCCGAGCAACACCGUGGACCUGGUGACAUCCUUCAACCUGAUGAUUUGCUGCAUAGACCUGAUAUACAACAAUGUGCUGGCCGAGAAGCGCACCGAUCUCAUCAACCCCAAGUUCGAGGGCCUGCCGAGCAACUGGACGGAGCUGGACUUUCGUCACAAGCCGCACUGCAUUCUGGCCUACUUCUGUGACAUGACCGAGGAGGCUAAAGCCAUGAAGGCCACCACCUUCCGCCAGAUCAUUUCGAGCUUCUUUCAGGCUUCGACCAUCUACGGCAACAAGGACACCAUGCUGGGCCUAUUGGCUAACGAAAACUUCGAGCGCAACCUCAAGUCCCUCAACAUCAGCUACGAGCAGUACGUCCUGAGUGUUGGCGAAUUCGACGAGCGCAUCCUGAGUGCCUACGAUGCGGGGGAGCACACCGCCCUCAACGACCAGUCCCUGCGUCCGCCGGUUACCCCGCUCACCCGCAAGCAAGACCUGCCUGCGCAGACCGCGAUGGCCGGCGAUAAAUUCGAGCCCGUCCGCAACGCCACCAACAACGUGAAGCAGCUGACCGCCUUCGGACGGAUCACGGAACCCACGGACUUUGUCAAGCAAGCUGGCGAGGAGGUAAUCACCAAGCUGCUGAGCAUCAUCGAGGGGAUCAAGCAGAAAUUCCUCGCCAAGUAUCCGUCAACGGAGGCGAGGAGCCGCUUCCGGCUAGCGAAGUCCUUCUACUUCUACCUGCUCGACCAGAUCCUGCAGGCGGAAAUUCGGAACAAGCCCGACAUCGAUCUCAAGCGACUGCUGGUGCAGAAGAUCUCCCUGGACAUCUUCAACAUCACGCUGAUGGCCUGCUGCGUGGAGCUGGUGCUGGAGGCCUACAAGACGGAGCUCAAGUUCCCGUGGGUGCUCGACUGUUUCAGUAUUAGUGCGUUCGAGUUCCAGAAGAUCAUCGAGAUCGUGGUGCGGCACGGCUCGCACGAGGGCUGUCUGAACCGGUCGCUGAUCAAGCACCUCAACUCCAUCGAGGAGACGUGUCUGGAGCGGCUGGCCUGGGCGCGGAACUCGACCGUUUGGGAAAUGAUCGCCUCCUUCCCACUGCCGUUGCCCACGUGGCUCCGGGUGAACCUCGAUCGCUCCGCCGGCGCUCUGCAGAUUUUCCUGCGCAAGGUCUACCUGCUGGGCUGGCUGCGCAUCCAGAAGCUGUGCUCGGAGCUGUCGCUCUGCGAGAAGACGCCCGAGUGCAUCUGGCACAUCUUUGAGCACUCGAUCACCCACGAGACGGAGUUGAUGAAGGACCGCCACCUCGAUCAAAAUAUUAUGUGUGCAAUAUAUAUCUACAUAAGAGUAAAGCGAAUGGAGGACCCCAAGUUCAGCGACAUUAUGCGGGCAUAUCGCAACCAGCCGCAGGCGGUGAACAGCGUCUACCGCGAGGUGUUCAUCGGCGACAACGAGGACGGCGAGCCAAAGGUGAAGGACAUUAUUCACUUCUACAACAACACAUACGUGCCGGUGAUCCGGCAGUUCGCCAUCGACUACCUGAACGUAACGCCGGACGUGAGUGGCCGGAUCUCGGACCUGCAGCUCUCCCCGCACCCGAAGGAACGGACCGCCCAGCCCAAGAAGGUGACCCAGAGCCACUCGCUAUUCGUGUCGCAGAUGUCCAAGAACGAGAUACAGCAGUCGCCCAACCAGAUGGUCUACAGCUUCUGCCGCAGCCCCGCUAAGGACCUUCAGGCUAUGAACGAAAAGGUGCGCGGCGGCAAGCGCAUGCUCAGCUUUGGCGACGAGCCCGGACUGGGCGGCAUUGUGGAGAUGAAGCGCCCGCACCUCAGCCAGAUCAAGGCCGUCAUGGACGACCGGGAACUGCAGUCAGCCGAGCAGCGGCCCGCUGUUCCCACGGAGGAGGGCGUCGGGGGCGCAGGAGGAGGAGAACACGAGACAUAGACACGGGGCUUAUGGGGGCAGAUUAGACUUAAGGCUUUUACAAAAACUAAAAAAAACCACAAGAACUACAAAAUCUGGCGCCGAAGGCCGCGCUUUCUACGCACUGGCCCCUCCGGCGCACGUUCGACUAUUUUAUGAUUGUUUUUUUAAAUAAUAACUCUUUAUUUGACAUUUUAACUUAAAUCCAAUUGCAACCAACUAUAUUAAUGCAUCCCCUUUUAUUUAGCUUAACGCCAGCCAACCAUAUAAAUCAUAUGCUAACCCAACACUUGGAAAUAGUUGUAGUAAAUAUUUGAUCACCACACACAUCCAUCGGUCGCGGCUCCCCGAAAGAUCCGCAUCCUGGUGGGCCGCGGUCUCUAAAUCACUAACAAAUAAACAAAUCAAAUUAAGGCAAUCCACAUUAUAUAUAAAAGCUUAUAUACAAAUAUACUUUAUACAAAUUGA